CACAGUAGGGGAUCUCAUUCCGUUGAUGGAGUCUCUAAUAAAACUAUAGGCUUCAUACAUCUAUUUGUUGUUAUAUAGAGUAUAAAAAUCAGACACGAAAUAGAUAUGGACCCAAAAUAAAAUAUUUACUUUUAUUUGGAGUAACCAACCGGGUUCGGGUGAUUGGGUGAAUCGCCUAUAGAAUAGAAUAGAAUAGAAUAGAAUAGAAUUGAAUAGAAUCGAAUUGAAUAGAAUCAACUCUACCAUCAUGCAGCUGAAGAAGAAACUCUCCGCCAGAAUGAGACUGAAAUACGUUCCCCCCUACGCCGGCGCCGGUGAAAUGCCUCAACCGGAUAUGCGCGUCUUCACUUCCGCCGGUCAGCGGAUUUGGGCUCAUUCUAAGAUUUUGGCAUCAGCAUCGCCGGUGCUGGAGAGCAUGAUAGAGAAGCUCCAGAGUACCGAACGGAAAAUCACGAUUUCCGGCGUACCGUUCGAUGCCGUCCACAUCUUCCUCCAGUUUAUGUAUUUCGCCAAGUGCAGCCAUGAGCAAAUGGAAAAGUAUGGAAUGCACCUCUUUGCCUUAUCCCAUGUCUACUCUGUACCACAGCUGAAGCAGGUAUGCACAAGAGGCUUAGCUAAGAGAUUGAACGUCGAAAACGUGGUUGAUGUGCUUCAGCUUGCAAGACUGUGUGACGCGCCUGAUCUCUACCUCAAAUGUAUGAGAUUCUUGACUAAUAACUACAAAGCUGUUGAAGAAACCGAGGCGUGGAAGUUCUUGCAAGACCACGAUCCUCAUCUCGAGCUCCAGAUUUUACAAUACAUCGAUGAAACUGAAUUGAGGAGGAAGAGAACGAGGAGGCAUAGGCGGGAGCAGAGUUUAUAUAUGCAGCUGAGUGAAGCAAUGGAUUGUCUUGAGCAUUUAUGUUCAGAGGGAUGCACGAGCGUUGGUCCAUGUGACAUGGACCCGAACAAGCAUAAGGGUCCGUGUAGCAAGUUCUCGACCUGCCAAGGGAUACAGCUUCUGAUCAAGCAUUUCGGUGCUUGCAAGAAGAGGGGUGAUGGAGGGUGUUCGCGUUGCACGCGGAUGUUGCAGCUCUUCAAGCUGCACUCUUCAAUUUGUGAUGAGCCUGAUGAAUGCACAGUCCCCCUCUGCAGGCAAUUCAAGUUAAAGGCACAACAAGAUGGACGAGGGAACAACGAUGCGCGGUGGAGACUGCUUGUGAAGAAGGUGGUCUCAGCCAGAACCAUUUCUUCUCUCUCCCGGAUCGCAUUGAACCCUCGCAGGGUGAGGAGAUUUAGUCUGUAAAUCAAUUCUCACUUUACUUUGCCAUGUAAAUUUAUGGUUAAAAGUGUAGUUUAAAAAAAUGUGGUGGUUAUUGUUGUGUGUUGUAACUUGUCACAUUGCAGUUUUGUUUCUGUCUGUCAAGCCAACUAGUUGAUUGUAAUAAUCUACGUUUUUGGUAGUACGGGCGGAGUAGUAUAGUUUUGUUGUAAGUUGUGGAGUAGUGUAUUAAUUUAUUUUGAUGGUUACAAAGCAUGCGCUUAUACUA